AUGAUCAUGAAAAUCUAUGCGACAUCCCCUCUAUAUGACACGAGGACAAGUAUCCCAGGUCUUUUGGCUUUGCCGGGGGUUUUGUGGAGCAGCCCAAAUGAGCCGAUCCAGAUAGUAGACAAAUAUGCCUACCUGGGCAGUUGUAUCGAUUUCACGAAAGAUGAUAUUUUAAUGCGGAUUGGGAAGGCCAAAACAGCUUUCGUGAACGUCCAUCAUCUACUGCGUAGCUUACCCCUCAAGGGUCGAGUUUACAAUGGUGCGGUGCGCUCCAUUUAG